AUGCAGUUUCUAGACAGCAUUGGAACUUUGGGGGAGAACAUGUUAUCUUUGCUAAAUAUCAACAGUGGGAGUGUGAAAUACGAUCUGAGUGUUUCCGUAAAGCGCCAGGAAGCGCCUUACGAUGAAACUUUUUGCUGCCGCGACCAGUUUCAAGUGAUUCGAGCAACGCGUCAUAAGACAGGUGUCAGUGAGACAAUAUGCGUAAAAGACGGAAAAGCAAUUCACUCCCUAAACCACCGUCUUGAGUGGUGA